AUGGGCCUCCGAAAGCUCGGCUUCCGAGCAGACGUUGCGGCAGUCUUCAGGAGCAUGGACCCGAACAGCUCCGGGCUCGUGAGCCUCAAGGCUUUCGUGACGGGCCUGAUGGGAGAGCCGGGCAUCGAGUCUGCCCCAUCGCGGAAUCUUAGGCACUCCUACCAUGCAGGCAUGAGCACUCCAAGGCUACAGGAGAGCAGCCCAGCCCCAGCAGGACCAACUCUGCUACAGAAGGCUCCGGGGCCGCACCAUGCGGGGCCCAAGCCAACGAUCCCCUCCAAGCCCGAAGGCGAAGAGAGCUUGGCAACGUUGGGAGCUCGCGUGGUUCAACUUGAGCUGCAGCUUGCAAGGGAGCAGCAGAGCCGGGCGGACAUGGAGAGGAGGCUUCACCUCGAGUUAGAGCGCCUGGAGCAGCUUAUCCGGGACGUCCCAUCACAGGAGCCACGUCCUGCCUGGCAGGGCUCCCUGCAGCUGUCCGUUAGCAGCCCAUAUCGCCCUCAACGGGGCCGAAUUGAAAAUGCUGAGGGCUCAACCUUGUCUGUGGCGACCUCUCUGUCGGAGAAGUGCCUCGCGGAUCCAUCCAUCUCUGGUGCCUCUGCCAAAGCUGCGAGCCCUGGACCAGCCAGGGAGCACCAGGAGGUUCAGAAGAUCCCCCGGCUGCACUUGACCCCUCGGACACUGUUGCGGCAAGAGAACUUGGCCCUUCGCGAGCAGAUCCUCACUAUGCGAGAGCAGGCCGUGGCUGCCAAG